AUGAGUCACUUGCUGUGGAAAUACUACUGGGAUCAAGAUGUCGACAGGUUUCGGCAUCUCCUGGCCUCCCCGACCGCUGGUCAGAGCACCCAAUACCCUCCCAUAGGCGGUGUUGGUGGCAGCAACAGCUACCUGGCCAGGAGUCCUGGAGCCGUCGCCCCGGGUACCUCCCCGAGGUCGACCACCAAGUCUCGCCGACCAUCUGGCUUCACGUCAGCCAAGCCGGGAGGGGGAGGAGGAGCAGCUGGCACCUUGGGGAAGGCUGAGGUCAACAGCCGAGACCACGCCGGCCUGACCAUACUCCUGCGCACUGCCUCGUCAACCGGACCCCACGCCCGCGACUUCGCCCAGGCCCUCAUCGACCACCCAGCCAUCGACCUGUACGCCCAGGAUGCCGAGAGCGGCUGGAACGCCCUCCACCGAGCCCUGUAUGCCGGGAAUGUCUCUAUUGCACGCAUGCUGCUGCACAAGGAGCGCGAGAACCUUGUCAGCCACCACACUGCCGCCAGCACCAGGGUCGGCCGUCUCAUCAAGACCAAGGACAACGAGGGCAACAGCCCCUUCGAUCUUUACAACUCCACAAUUGCCACGAGGUCUCUCGACCGGCACCAGGCGUCGGCCAAGUCGGACUCAGAUGGGUCCGAGAGUGGUGAUAGCACUGGGGAUCUGGCUGAACAGGCACCUGCGAAUCGUCACGACUUGCUACAGGUCCCCGUGCAGGGAGAUGAGCUCUACGUCUUUGGAAGCAACAAGAACCUCUCCUUGGGUGUUGGGGAUGGCGACGAUCGCCAGUUCCCCGAACGUAUCCAGCUUAGGCGCCCGGACAGCCUGAUACGCAAGCUCUAUGAGGACCACUGCGCAGAUAACGGCCUUGACCCCCCCGAACCGGAUAUGGACCUGGAUAGUAUGCCGACACUCGUGCGCAACGCGCCCAUCGUCAUCAAGGACGUCGUCAUGUCCAAGCUCCACUCGGCCAUCCUCACCACAGACCCCGCGUCUAACCUGUACGUCAGCGGUGUCGGCCGCGGCGGCAGGCUGGGCCUAGGCAACGAGAACACUCAGUUCCGCUACGUCCCCGUGCAGGGUCCCCUCGCCGACAAGAGGAUCCAGCAGGUGGCCCUGGGCCAGAACCACACCCUGGCCAUCGCUGGCAACGGCGAGCUGUGGACCUGGGGGCUCAACACCGACUCCCAGCUCGGUUACGUCCUGCCGCCGCCCACCCGACCUGAUGAGGAGCCCAUGUGCGUCACGCCACGACAGGUGUUUGGGUCCAUGAAGAAGGAUGUCGUUCUGGGAAUCGCUGCGUCGUCGGUGCAUUCGGUCGCGCACACAGGGUCGUCGCUGUACUGCUGGGGCCGCAACAAUGGGCAGCUGGCCCUGAUGGACUCGGACUCGAGAUCGCUCGACGUGCAGCAGACUCCACGCAAGGUGGCCGCGUCUCUGCUGUCGGCACCCAUCGAGAUGGUGUCCGCGGCCGACAGGGCUACGUCGUGCCUGCUGUCCAACCACACCGUCUGGGUGUUUACCAACUACGGCUACAAUCUGGUCAAGUUCCCCAUCCCUGACGUCUUUGCCAACUACAGCAUGGCGGCUGCCUCCUACUCGAACCGCUACGAGCCUGAUCGUAAGAAGAUUGGCUACAUCACCUCAGGCGGCAGCACUAUCGCCGCCGUCACCGCCCGCGGUGACCUCUUCACCAUGCACAUCAAUCAACAACAAAAGGACGAUGCUGGAGGCCAACAGUCCAACGCCAUGUCAUCGACGACCAACCCUGUCAAGAUCAAGGGGGCUCUGACCCAACCGCAGUGCAUCUGGGACUCGCGCAAGGACGCAGUCGUUUCGGUCAACGUCGGUGAGCACGGCUCCGUCAUAAUCUGCACCGAGUCGGGCGCCGCAUGGAAGAGGGUCAAGCGCUCCAAGGGAAAGAACACCGGCUUCUCUGCCGAUGUCAAGCAGAAGGACUUUAAGUUUGAGCGCGUCCCCUACAUCACCAACUGCGUUGCCACACGUAGCUCUACUUUCGGAGCUUUCGCCGCCGUCAGGGCAGACAGCAAGGUCAUGUCCCAGCAGAUCAAGCUCCGGGACCGCACCAUCUGGGAAGACAUGGCAUCCCUCCUCUGCCUCAAAGACUUUCGGGGAACGCCACCUGUGUUCGAGGGUGCCAAGGUUGGGGAUGAGGAAAGGGACAGCAAGCAGAGGGAUUCGUGGGAAACUGCCGUCUCCCGGGAACGCCAGGGAUCUGUUGCAUACGAGGUGCUCCGGUCUGCCGACGUCGAAGCCGACUUGCUCCAGUUGCUGCGGGCGAUCUCCUUCCGCUACCGGGACGCUGACGUGCACCUGCGGACCUCGUCUGCCCCCGAUCUCAGGAUACCCGUGCACAGCUUCCUGCUGGCGGGGCGCAGCUCUGCCCUGCGCAGCGCUUUCGUCGAGUUUCGGGAGCACGGUGCCCUCGCCGACCCAGAGCACAUGGCUAUCGAGCCGGGCGGCGACAACGGCAAGACGACAGUCACUCUUGCCAAUGCCGAUAUCCUCACCGUACUCAACAUCGUCGUCUUCGUGUAUCAGGAUUACAUGAUCCCUGUGUGGAAGUACACGCGCGAAGCGCUGCCAGGAAAGGCACAUCGGUUCCGCCAGGUACGAAUAGAGCUGAUGCGAUGGGCCACUCGGCUGGGCCUUCCGAAGCUGGAGGCGGCUGCCAGGCUGCAAAUCGGCCAAGUAGAGCGGUCUAUGGACAAGGACCUCCAGCAGGCCAGCAAAGACCCAGCCUACCUGGACGGUGGGGACGUGGUUAUCGAGCUGGACGGCAACGAGGUCACGGCGCACUGCCAGCUUCUCUGCCAGAGGUGCCCCUUCUUCCAAGGUAUAUUCCAGGGUCGCUCGGACGGGCAGUGGCUCGCCGAGCGGCGCAGCGGGCUAGACCGCGGCGAGCGUGUCCGCGUUGAUCUGGGCCACAUCAGGCCCGAAACCUUUGACUACGUCAUCUUGUUCCUGUACGGAGACGUCGGGCCCGAGGUAUUCGAUGAUGUGGUGUCCUCGGACGGACUCGACGACUUCGCCGAGCUUGUCCUCGACGUCAUGUUUGCGGCCAACGAGCUGAUGCUCGACCGGCUGUCGCAGAUCUGUCAGCUGGUUAUCGGCCGCUUCGUCACGACGCGUAAUAUUUCCAACAUGCUCAACGAGAUCAGUGCCUGCCACGUUACCGACUUCAAGGACACGGGGCUCGAGUACAUCUGCCUGCAGCUCGAGACCAUGCUCGAGAACCACUGCCUCGAGGACCUUGACGAGGACCUCCUGCACGAGCUCGACGGCGUGGUGCGCGACAACCAGCUCGCCCGGCUCCCCAUCGCGCGCAGCGGCAGGGCGGACCUUAUCCUGCGCCAAAAGUACCCCGAUCUGCCCGCCGAUGUCGACGAGGAGCACCGCGUUAGGGUCAGGGAGCUUGCGUACAAGGCGUCCCAGAGGGAGGAUGACAGGAAGCUCUCGUCGUCCUACAGAGCUCGCGUGGGGAGCCUGGAUGAUUGGAUGGCCGCGUCGCCCACAGCCGACAAGUCCCGUCGCAAGUCCAAGGCCGGCUACAACGGCAACAAUGGAUCAUUCAGCCCUAUGUUACGACCGAAGAACUCAACGGCAGAUUUAGUCUUCGCCAUGGACGACGACCCUUCGCCGCUCGCCGGUAGCGCCCCGGCUUCUCCGGAGCUCUCGGCUGCGGUGGACAGCCUGAACCUCGACUGGGAGACAACCACACCUCUACCCAAAUCGUGGCUGCAGCAGGCCAGCAAGUCUGAUGGCCGUGCACCGCGGUCACCGGACAGCCUGGGCGGAGAAGGGUCGCCCCUUGCCAACAACGCCAAUGACGACAACAGAACCGACAAGCCGCAAGGAUGGCUCGGCGGCAGCGGCAACCCGUGGGCCUCGGCUGCACCCCUGCAGAUGUCCAAGCUCGAUCUGAGGAACAUCAUGUCAGAGACGAGCUCCAAGUCUAAUCUCAGCGCUAGACUGGCGGGAGCGGCAAAGAACGCGGCUGCCGCGUCAUCGUCAUCCAGCGUCGGCGGCGCUGGCAAGCAGGCCUCUCUGCUAUCUCAGGCGAGGAUGUCACAGAAGGAGAGGAAGAGGCAGAGGCAGCUGCAGGCCGAGGCCGAGGCAGCCGAGCAGGAGAAGAAGACGCAGGCCGUCCCCUGGGAAAAGGUACCCGGCGAAGGAAGGCGGGGUAACUCGGGUGCCUGGGCCGCCUCGUCGUCGGCCUCGGCAGCACCCAAGGUAUCCCUCCAGCAGGCCAUGGCGUCUGACUCGGCAGCCGCAGCGGCGGCGGCAGCCCAGAAGAGCAAGAAGCCCCUCGUUGCUCCGGUGUCCCCCUCUUCCAGGGUCCGCGCAGCCUCCCCGGAUACCAGGUUCCCGGGCCAGGGCCGUGUCAACAGCGGCGGCAGCAGCAGCCCGGCUUCUGGCCCCACCACCAAGUCCGCCGCCGCCGCCACCGCCGCCGCCGCCACCCCCAUCACGCCUCACUCCAAGUCGUACAUUACGCGCACUGACAGGAUGAAUGAGAUGGACACGAUCGGGGCCAGCAUGGCCGACAUCAUCGGGCAUCAGAAGCGAGAACAGCAGCUCGCGCGCGAGGCCGUGGCCAAGCGUUCCCUGCAAGAGAUUCAGCAGGAGCAGGAGUUUCAGCAGUGGUGGGAUCAGGAGAGCAGGAGAGCUCAGGAGGAAGAGGAGGCUCGACGAAACAACAAUAACAACAACAACAACAACAACAAUCACCAUAAUACUCAUAAUGCGAAGACUUGGAAGAGGCCCAGGAAGCUUCAGCAGCAGCGGAAGCCUCAGCAGCAGAAGGAUGGGAGUGCCGACGGCAGCAGCAGCAGCAAGCCGUCGCAGAGGGGGAGACGAGGUGGCGGCGGCGGCGGUGGCGAACGGGCCGAUGAUGAUUCUGCACCGUCAACACCUAGGGGGAGGGGGAGGGGGUCAUAUAGAGGCAAGGGAACAAGGGGCGAAGGUCAGAGCAGCAAGGCUUGA